GGACUAAAGCAAGUCGGUCCACAUUAGCCUCUGAACAGGUGGAGGAAGUCAGCCGCAGGAAGCUAAUCGUACCUACAUCCACGAGGUGGAACUCCCUGUACGAGGCCAUUUCCAGAGUCAUCACAAUUCCCCUGAAUGAAGUCAAUCCCCUGAGUGUAAAACUGGGAAUCAAGUGCCUUAAUGAAAGAGAGUACCAAUUUUUGAAAGAGUACUGUAUUGUGAUGAAACCUCUGACAGUAGCACUGGACAUCUUACAAGGGGAUGAGUGCACCUAUGGAACUUUACUACCAACACUCACAAGCCUGAUGUCAAAGACACUUGCACUGAAAGAUGACCUCUCUAGAAUGACAGCCAGCCUUCCAGAUGUCAUUGUAAAGGCCAUCAAGACUCGUUUUGAUGCUGUACUGGAUAGCCAAGAAGGACUUCUCGCAGCAGCCACUUGUCCCAAGUUUAAACUUGGUUGGCUGAAAGAUGAGUGCAGGAGAGAGAAUCUGAAGGAGCUUCUGACAACAGAGUGUCGUAAAGCUGCUCCUGCAACUGA